AUUCCUCUGUUUCGGUUUUACAUACCGCGAGCGGGCUCUGUCCGGAUCAUCAUUCUUUCCGCUGAAAUGUCCUUUGUUACGUGGGUUUUGUAGCUUAACUACUUGUUUUAAAAUGGAUGCUUACAGUCCUUCUCAUCCUACGGAUCAAGAUAUGGAAAUUGAAAGUGAUACUGCCAACACUCCAGAGCAAGUUUCACACAGGAACCCAGAGUUCAAUCCCGUUUCUGGACCGAUUACGCCCGUGUUACUCGCAGAACAGAGUUUAUCUGCCCAAGAACAUGAUACGGAGUGUGGGAUGCGAACUCCGAAUCAACCAUUUCAAGUUAUGGAUCACGGUGACCAGUUGCACUUUUCUAACAAGAGAGUGGAAUGCGAAUUUGAUUCAAGCUCGAUUGGAAGGGAAAGCUACCAAUCGCAAACUCUUAAAACCCUUCAGAAGGCACCGAUUGGAGAUUCGGAGUCAACCGCACGUUUAAAAGAUAGUAAACAGGAUAAAUCACAAGCUGUGCGACGACGGAGCCGGUCACGCUCACGCCGACGUGAACGAAGUCGUUCUGACGAUCGGCGUAAUCGCAGAAAAUCUCGCUCUCGCUCCCGUUCCAGGCACCGUUACUCGCAUUCCAGACGGCAUUCGAGAUCACAUUCGCGAGAGAGGCGGUCUCGAAGAUCUAAGACACCUGAAAGAAAAUCAUCCCGUGUCUCUCACGUUCGCGGUUCAUCUAGGACAAGCCCAUUAAGUCGCCAAAAAACAAGUCGUUACAACAGUGACGGGCGAUUCACAUCGCGGUCUCACUCCGACAGACAGGGGUCUCCCUGUGGUUUUUCUGUGAACCACGUGACUUCUGAACAGAAUGAUGAACCGGAGGUCAUUCCCUGGAACCCGCCAAAGCCCGAUGAAUCGGCGAGCUUCAUUAAAGAUGUUCCGAAAGAGGAGGCAACGAAGCAGGUAUCGCCGCCACACAAAAGUGCGCAACAAGCUUUGCCACCAGGUGCUGCCGUUGACCUCAUGUUACCCACUCAUCCUCGUCCACAGAGAGCUACAAACCGCUGGACCCCCCGAACAUUUAACAAUCCAACUUAUGCUUCUCCAGCGCCGAGUUCUUAUAGCACUGUGCCACGCUUUUUACAGCCCUCAUUUGGUCUACUGAACCCUCCGGUUCAAACAUUUUUCCCGCAAAACACGCUUUCUUUUGGAGGUGGCACCCUACCUCCUAACUACUUACCGCCUCCUCCAAUGAUGGUCCCUCAAAUGCAGUCUGUUUUGCCUAUGUCGGGCGGCUCUUUACCAUUUCAGAGUAGCACUCAACCUCCACUGACAAAUCUACCGCCUGCAUCGAAUUUUUCCAUGGCACCGCCUGGAUUUAGCACGAUAACCCCUCCCCCUCCUCCUCCGCCGCCACCACCUCCUCCCCCACCUCCAACAUUCGCUCAGCAAUUGCAAGCUCCUCCUCCGCCGCCAUCCAACUUAUUGGAAACUUUGAUGAGCAAAGCUGGCUUGCCACGGGAAACCUUAAGUGACAUACAUAGCCAUUCCCAGCCAGCAACUGGUGAAGUCUCUGCGUCUUCCGAAAAUUCGCCAAUGAAACGAAUAAACAAGCUACUUAGCAGUGCUGCGAACUCACUGCUUAAUCAGCUUGCCGGUGGACAAUGUGCGCCGCUCGUUUCAACUGCAGAUCAGGUUCCACCGCCACCACCGCCCCCGUUGCCACCAGGCAAGAGCGAACAGAGUGCCCACAAAUCACCUGAACAGUCGUUCACAUCAACUUUUGUACCUCCACCACUUCCGGUGUUACCGCAUUUCAUUGACUCACAAAACGAACCUACUAGCACUGUUUCUAAUGGCAACCAACAGUCAGUUUCGGCAGUUCAUAGAAACCCCUUUGAAGGACAGAAGUUGGAAGACAUUUUGGCGAAGCGUAGGCGCUACGAUUUCUCCUCUCGUCGGGAGUGGCAAGAACGUAUAGCUCUUGAGGUGAAAUCGGUGUUAAAACCUGCUUAUUCUAUUCGAAGGAUAACCAAAGAAGAUUACAAGGAGAUAAUGAAGAAGGCGGUCACAAAGAUUUCUAGAAGCGGCACGUCAUCCAUCAACUCUCAGAAGAUCAACGACUUUGUGAAACUGUAUAUUGACAAAUACCAUCGUAUGCACAAAUUGAAGACUCGAGCACCCGAAAAACUAACUGUACAGUAACUUUUAAUUUUUUGCAACUUAGCUGUAAAUAUAAGAUUUAUGAUUAAUUCUGAGAAUAGGUGGUCUCGCUUUUUCUCCG